ACCAAAACCAAGACUCGCUCCAGCAGGGCAGGACUUCAGUUCCCAGUGGGGCGCAUCCACAGGCUGCUGCGCAAAGGCAACUACGCAGAGCGUGUCGGGGCAGGCGCCCCGGUCUACUUGGCCGCGGUGAUGGAGUACCUGGCCGCCGAGGUGCUGGAGCUGGCGGGCAAUGCUGCGCGCGACAACAAGAAGACCAGGAUCAUCCCGCGUCACCUUCAGCUGGCCAUUCGCAACGACGAGGAGCUCAAUAAGCUCCUGUCAGGCGUGACCAUUGCCCAGGGUGGCGUUCUGCCCAACAUUCAGGCAGUGCUGCUGCCCAAGAAAACCGAGAAGAAAGCCUAAGCCCCUUGUUUGC